UUGUAAUUUCCAAAUUGUUUUUGUGUCUCGACGAUUUAAUUUCUGUUGAUUUAAAGAAAUUUCAUCAUUUUUACCAAACUAUACGAGCCACAAUGUGCUAGAUGGAAAGGUUUUCCAUAUAAAAUUUACAUAAGACUAGACAAAAAAAGUUAAUACAAAUUUAGUACAAUGGAACAUCAGCAACAAGUGGUUCAAAGGCUACAGCGUAUCUUCGAGGUUUUUCUUCAGGAAAAUUUUGCUACCACAAACAAUGUUUACUUUGAAAAGCUCAUAACUCAUUUAUCGGAAAAAGAGAAUCUAUUUGUACUGCAGUCUCCUUUUGCUGUUGAAUGGGUUGACAAAUGCAUGACAGCCUUGACCGAAGAUUUCGGCAAGAUUAACCCUAAGGUUACCUCUUUCAUGUUGUAUUUUUGCAGUUUGUUGGUUCAAAAUGAGUGGGUUAUGUUGAUGGUGCGGGAAAGACAUUUAAUGGACAGAGUACUGUUCCUCAUAAAAACAAGCCGCCAUCGCUUUAGUCCAUCCAUUAAACUUGGUUGCAUACGCCUCAUGUCUGCCGUCUCACGUUAUAGCCUUGGCAUGGCCUACAUUGGUGGCAAAAAGUGUUGGGAUUAUUUAAUUGAGCUAUGCAAUCGCGAUCAUACUCUGUAUGUGGUGAGAGAGGCACGCCAACUACUGUAUGAACUGCUCUAUAGAUUCUCGGUAAAGGCCAAAGAUGAGAAUGUCGUUUUGGAAAUACUAAACGACAUUAUAAAACCCCUUCGGGAUAAUGUUUUCAAGGAAGGCCAUGAGAGUAUUAUGAUCAAUGUCGAUGAUUCGGAAUUCCAACGCAAAAUGUCUUCAACAUUGGAUUUGCUUUCGUAUCUGUUUGAGCAAACACUGGAGUCGGAAGAAAAAGCCAAUAUUGCACAUCUUUGUCAGUCAUAUCACAAUUUGGGCCGCAAUAUUUGGAAAUUGACUGAAAUGACACAGAAUUCCGCAUUCCUGCACAAAAUAAUGCACGCCUUGGCUAGCCUACAUUUUGCCAUUUUGGUACAGGAUGAGUGGCACGAAGGGCAAAUAGCACCAGAGAAAUUCAGUCGUUUUGGUUUGCACUUCUACAACUCAUUGAAAUUUUGUUUAAUUCGCCAUCAGCUGUUGAACUUUAUUAAAUUGGUCGAACUCUAUCAUGUGCUGUGGAAAAAGCUGGGAAAACGUGCCCCUCCAGAGAUACUGAUUGAAAACAGUAGCGUCAAGUUUGAGAAUCAGCUGAUUACAUUGCAAUUGUUGCCGGUUUUAUUUAUAUUGCGGUCGCAAAGUCUGAGUGAGGAAGAGCUUUUCGAAAAUUAUCUCAUGAAAUUGUUGGAAAUAUCGUGUGAGCAUACCAUGCGCAUAUGUUACAUAUUCCGUGAUACCAUUAUACCAUCGGAAAACACCGCAUUGGAGGUUGUGGCUGAUUUGGCUUACAAAGCCAUUCAUGGAGUUUUGUCUAUGCAAAAUAUUUUAGAAAGAGAACAAGCGAUUUUGGUAUUUCAAGCUAUGAUAUAUGCCUUAAAGGAAUUCAUCUCCGAUGCGGAUUGUGAACGUAGCAGUAAUCUGCCCAAAAGUUGUAAAGGUUGGAUAGGCAAAGAGUUUAUGACUAGCAUACCCAAUGUUCUUAAUGCCAUUCUUACCGGGUUGCAUACGUUAAUCAAACGCUAUCACAUCUCAUGGAAGGAGAGCAUAGAAACCACUUGUGUGGUCAACACAGUUGCCGUCAUAUUGGAGAAUCCAAAUUUAACAGAAGCGUCUACAGUCCAAGCUUUAAAAUUGGUUCAACUCUCAAUAGAACAUUUCCUAUCGCCCAACAUGGCUCUAUUGGUGGACAACCUGCAGGGAUCUGGCUUAGUAUGUUUGGGUCCAAUUAUAGUAAAACGAUAUCAUGAUCCCGCUUGGGAAGUGAGAGACAGCACCUUAGAAUUGACCACAUCAAUAGCAAAAAUAUCAAGAAUAAAAUUUCCGGCUUUCCAACAGUUCCUAUAUGACUAUAAAAUGUGCCCCAUCAUCUUGCAAAUGGCUAAAAAUGAUCAGGAGGCCUAUGUAAGAGCCUCAGCUUUAAAAUGUCUCUCAAAAAUGGUGAUGAUCAAUGUUAUAUGGGAUAAUGUUUUAAUCAACAGCGAUUUAAUUGAACAUUUAUUCCAUACGUUAUUCCAUGAAAGCGAAGGCAUUGUAAGGAAAGAGGCCAUUCAAACCUUGGCAGUUAUUUACGAGCAUCGAAAAAUACCCACACAAUAUACGGACACCUUAUACUCAACCCUGGCCCACUGUGUAAUCUCAGAUCUUCACUGGGAGGUCAAAGUGGAAGCGUUGCGAUUUUGGGAGUUGGAAUUCAAAAAACAAUUCACCAAUCAAGGCAUGAUUGAUGGUACAUUUCCCACCGUAACCUUCUCCAAGGAGCACAAGAAAAUUGUCACUCUCAAUGAGAAGGAAAUCAAGCUGAGAAUAAUGAAAGUUUUCCAUGAACUUUCACAGCGUGGUUGUUUGGGGGUUAUACUCAAAUGCCUGAGAGAGGACUGCGAUUUGGAAGUUUUAAAGACUGCUGUGUGCAUGGUGCACAAUCUGUUGGAACAAUUGAAGAAAUAUAAUUUUGAAUCAAUAGUGGACGAUAUGAAGGAGUCAUCAUCUAUACCCAGUAGUGCCAGUAGCAGCAGUAGUUCCAGUAAUACAAGUAACCCCAGUACUCCCCUCUCAACUUCACUAGAUGCAUCCGUUAACAACAUAAUGAACAACAAUCCUUUUAUGUUUACCGAGGAAGGUCCCAUGUCUGGCAGUGAUGCCCUAAACGCAACAACGCAAUCUCCUUCGCAUUCCCCCACAGCGUCAUCACUUGCAGCCAAACAAGAUGAGGCCAUAGAUUAUAUAUUAGAGUCUCAAGAUAUAAACAUAUUGGUAGCCCAAUAUGAACAAAAACUACUUUUGAUAAAUGACCAUGGGUCGGAACCAUUGCCUCCCAUAGAUUCGAAUUUGUAUAAGACCUAUACAUCGGUGAACAUCAAAGAAUUUAUGCAAAGCAUAAAAGCCUUAGAUUUAAAGAAGCUGCUGAAAAAUCACAAUGAUUGGUUGUUGGGUUCGGAGAGCUUCAUAUCCCUAUUAGAUGAUAUUAUUGUAGCCAUUAAAUGUGCGGAUGAUUCAUUAUUUGCCGAUUGUUAUUAACAAGUUGUGGAAAAGUCCCAAAUUAGUAAAUAAAUUGUGGAGAUGCAUUGUCAUACACAAGUUUAUAUACAUAUAUAAAGUAUAUACCUCAAAAUAAAGAAAAAUUUUAUUUUUUUAUAGUA